AUGUCUAUUAAUGACCCUUGGUCCUACUCAGAGAUGUCGCCUCCUUCCAGAGCGACAUCUCCGAUUUUUUUGCAAUCCGAUAACGUGAACGCUGCUGCUACUGCUACCGCUACUCCCAAUACCACUGCUGCUGCUAAUAACAAUCUUCCAGGGUCGAAGUCGGCUAUGGAUUCGGAACUGGCCUCUAUUGUGUCGUCUUUGAGUGCGUUGUCGAAUCCCGUUAUAGGGAACGCAAAUGCGGCGUUUGUAAAUAAUUUAAACAACAACAAUAAUCAGAUCGGGUCGUUUAGAGGUACUGGGAGUGAUAUUGGUGACAACACGGGUUCCAUCAACAACUAUUUGGAUGUUUUGAAGUCAAAUACUCCUCAUAGCAGGAAAUCGCCUCUCUCUGUAGGAACCGCACCUCCUGGCUUCAGUGCGGCUACGUUUUUCAAUAGCAUUAAUACUAAAAACAGUGUCAAUGUCUCUAAUAACAACGGUUCUGUUCAAAACGCACAUUCUGUAAAUAAUAAUCAUCAUGCAGGCAGUUUGGAUCAAAGAAUGGACAUUCUAAAACAUUAUUCCGCAAGCGUAAAUGGACCAAUUCUAUUCAAUGAUAGUAUCAACAAUACCAUGGGUAAUAACGUCACCGCUGCUUCCGUCGGUGUCGGCGGUACUCAAACAAUCUCCGAUGUCAACAAUAUUGCAAGCGACGAUGCUAGUAACAACGAGAGUGCUGGGUUUUUUGAAACAUUUGGUAAAUCAUUAGUAGACGGUACUAGGGAAAUCGAAAAUGGUUCUAAAGGUAAUUUGAUGGCUAGUUUAUCAGCAGGUAAUUCUUUGACUAAUGUGCAAGAUUUACUGAUGAGACAUUCGACAAAUAACUCUAGCAGCAUCGAUCAACAAAGAGUAAAUAAUAUCGAUGCUUCAAGAUCAACUAAUGUCAACACCAAUUUAUCAGUCAAGGGAAGAAAACCUUCGAUUACUUCUUCAAUGGCAACAGAUCUCACUGCAAUCACUUCUGCAACAGAGUCAAGUACUUCUUCCUAUCAUGAAAUGAGUUCAUCAAAUAAUGCAAGUUUAAGCACAAAUAGAAAUAGUAAUAUUCCAAACCCAUAUGGUGAUGCAAAUAAUCAAUAUGAUAUGCAGAAUGUAAGAAGAAAUAUUUGGAACAUGCAAAAUUUCUCAACUUUGCCUGUCUUCAAACCAAAUGCAAUUCAAGGUGUAAAUAAUUAUAAUAACCAUGUAAAUGAUGCUCCUCCAAUAGAUCCACAAAAUUCUUUGAUUAAUCCUAACAUGUUCAUGUUUCCAUCAGCUAUGGGCAUGCCACCAACUGCAACUCAACCUGUUAAUCCAAUGUCCAUGCAAAUAGAUAAUCCAUAUUUUUACGUUGAUCAAUCAAAUUCUGGUAACAAUGGUAAUCAAAUGAAAUCUAAUAAUAACAUGGAAAAUGCUAAAAAUAUUCUUGAAGAAAAUUCAUCCAAGAGUAAAAUGAAAAAUAAUAAUGCUAUCAACAAUAACAACAGUAGAAAUAGAAACAACAACAAUAACAAUGGAACUCAUAAACCAAAUAAACAAGCUAAUCCAUAUUUGGAUAAUAAUAUACCUGCACAUGUUUUGAAUUCGAGUGCUACUAAUCAAAUAAAAUUUCCAAAGAAAUCUGGUAAUAAUAACAAUAAUAACAGCGGUAAUGCCUACAACAAUGCCACUCAAGGAAGAAAUAAUACUAAGAUGGCUAACUCAACUCAACAAGCUAACAAAAUUAUUUCCUCACAGCAAUACCAUAGAUCAGCUCUGUUGGAAGAGUUUAGAAAUAAUACUACGAACAAACAAUAUACUUUGAAAGAUAUUCAUGGUCAUACCUUAGAAUUUUGUAAAGAUCAACAUGGUUCAAGAUUUAUUCAACAUGAAUUAGCUGUUGUAAAACCUUCAGAAAAGGAAAUUAUCUUUAAUAAAAUUAGAGAUCAUAUUUUAGAAUUAUCUGAUGACGUGUUUGGGAACUAUGUUAUUCAGAAAUUUUUUGAAUUUGGAUCGGAAACUCAAAGAAAAGUCUUAGUUGAAAAUUUUAGAGGUAAAAUGAUUAAACUUUCAAUGCAAAUGUAUGCAUGUCGUGUAAUUCAAAGAGCUCUAGAAUUUAUUGAACCUGAUCAAAAAAUUGAAUUGGUAUUAGAAUUAAAGGAUUGUGUAUUGCCAAUGAUUAAAGAUCAAAACGGUAAUCAUGUUAUUCAAAAGGCAAUUGAACAUAUACCGAUUUCAGAAAUAUCAUUCAUUCUACAAUCUUUAACUGGACAAAUUUAUCAUUUGUCUACACAUGCAUAUGGGUGUAGAGUUAUUCAAAGAUUAUUAGAAUUUGGUUCAAAGGAAAAUCAAACUGCCAUUUUGGAGGAAUUAUUCGAUUUCAUUCCUUAUUUGAUUCAAGAUCAAUAUGGUAAUUAUGUCAUUCAAUAUUUAUUGCAACAAAAAGAAGAAGACUUGGAACAAGAAAAUUUUUCUCCUCGUAUUAAGAAAGCUAAACAAGAAAUUAUUAAUAUUGUUUCAGAAAAUGUUGUUGAUUUUUCAAAACAUAAAUUUGCCUCCAAUGUUGUUGAAAAGACAAUUUUAUAUGGAAAUAAAGAACAGAGAAAAACUAUUUUAUCUCAAAUCUUGCCUCAUGAUUUGAAGCAUGCAUCCUCAUUAAAUGAUGAUGAUCCAAUGAUUUUAAUGAUGAGAGAUCAAUUUGCCAACUAUGUGGUCCAAAAAUUAGUUGGUGUCACAGAAGGUGAAGAAAAGAAGUUGAUUGUUGUUGCGAUUAGAUCUUAUUUGGAAAAAUUGAAUUCAUCAAAUUCGCUAGGUAAUAGACAUUUAGCUAGUGUUGAAAAACUAGCUGCUUUAGUUGAAAAUGUUCGUAUUGAUUAA